CAAACAAAGAAAGCUGCAAAAUCUUGAUACUUCCAACCCGAUGUUGCGAAACCAGUUUAUCAAUCGGUGAGGCCGAAGCUCCAACACCCUCAAGUCAAAUAGGAGGAGUACUACAUAUGCUGAUAAGUUUCUCGACAAAAUGCCGUCUCUACAAACAGCAUUGCCUCCUGAACUUGCCAACAAUGUCAUUAGACUUUACCUGGAAUGCCUUCGAAGAGCUAAAUACGUAGGCAGUCGGCAACACAAUACAGAGCUUGUCGUUGAUAUGGUGAGACAGCAAUUUAGAAAGCACAUGCAUGAGACAAAUCCGGAUAAGAUUCAGAAGUUAAAGGAUGAUGCGGCAAGGGGGCUCAUAAACCAUAUACUAUAUGAAUCUGAGAAGAUGUCCGGUCGUAAAUUCAGCCUGAACUCUUGAUCUUGCUCAAAUGAUGAGCUGGUACGUUCCAGAAGACGAUGUGAGGAUGCAAGGACAAGGCUCUAUCCUUUCUUUAAAAAGGAGGCGACCCUAGUUGUUUAGAGGACGGAAGGGCUCUCCUUUGAAGUGUAUCACCUUCUGUCCCAAAUUGCUAAUCCUUUUUCCGUGUUCCAAAUGGAAAUUGAAACUUAUUGGUUUGGAACAAUGCUCUUUAUUUUAUGCUUUGGGUUUUCCAAGUGAAUGUGCAUUGUAGGAAAUUUCAAAUUUGGAAAGGUGAUGUACAAAAGAGAAUCGAAGAGCUUGGAAAGAAUAAACAGUUGGUUCUUCUUGUGUUCCCUUGUUCUUCCAAUGCCAGUUAAUGAUUACCGAGA